UGUUUAAGAUGGCGAUGCUACUGUCAGAAAUCUGAAUAAGCGCAUGCCUGUGCAAGUCCGUGCUUUUAUCGUGAGUCGUGAGAUCGAGAGUGAGGUGUGGUUUUUGCGGUUACAUUUGUAGCCCACUGUCGAGGAGUACUUCGUCAGUGCGAGCCGUUUAAAAUACGAAAUCAAGAUGAUCGGACGUCUUCCUGCAUGUGUUAUCGACGUUGGUACAGGAUACACAAAAUUAGGCUUCGCAGGAAAUAAAGAACCACAACUUACUAUACCAUCUGCAAUAGCCAUUAAAGAAACAGCCAAAGUUGGCGAUAAUAAUGCUAGAAGAAUUACCAAAGGAGUAGAAGAUUUAGAUACCUACAUUGGAGAUGAGGCAUUUGAAGCAACUGGUUAUUCUAUUAAGUAUCCAGUUAGACAUGGAUUGGUCGAAGAUUGGGAUUUAAUGGAAAAAUUUCUUCAGCAAUGCAUAUUCAAAUAUUUGAGGGCAGAACCUGAAGAUCAUUAUUUCUUGCUUACCGAACCACCCCUUAAUACACCAGAAAAUAGAGAAUAUACGGCAGAAAUUAUGUUCGAAUCUUUUAAUGUACCAGGAUUAUAUAUUGCUGUGCAAGCAGUAUUGGCUUUAGCAGCUUCUUGGACGUCUAAAAAUGUUGAAGAUAGAACAUUGACAGGUGUCGUCGUUGAUAGUGGAGAUGGAGUAACACAUGUGAUACCAGUAGCAGAAGGCUUUGUCAUAGGUAGUUGUAUAAAGCAUAUACCUAUUGCUGGUCGUGAUAUAACAUAUUUUAUACAAAGUCUUUUACGAGAACGUGAAAUUGGAAUACCUCCUGAACAAUCAUUAGAAACAGCUAAAGCUAUAAAAGAAAAAUAUUGUUAUAUUUGUCCCGAUAUUUCUAAAGAAUUUGCAAAAUAUGACAGCGAUCCUACCAAAAUAAAAAAGUAUGAAGGUAUCAAUAGUAUCACGAAACAGCCUUUCAUUGUAGAUGUUGGGUAUGAAAGAUUUUUAGGACCAGAAAUAUUUUUCCAUCCCGAGUUUUCCAAUCCUGAUUUUACAACACCACUUAGCGAAAUAGUUGAUGAUGUCAUACAAAAUUGUCCAAUAGAUGUCAGAAGACCAUUAUAUAGUAACAUUGUUUUAUCAGGAGGUUCUACAAUGUUUAAAGAUUUUGGAAGAAGAUUGCAACGUGACAUUAAAAGGAUUGUUGAUGCUCGUUUAAAACUUAGUGAAACAUUAAGUGGUAGCCAUAUCACGCCGAAACCUAUAGACGUGCAUGUAAUAUCACAUCAUAAACAACGUUGUGCAGUAUGGUACGGAGGUGCACUCUUAGCUAGUGACCCAGAAUUUUAUACAGUAUGUCAUACCAAAAAAGAUUACCAGGAAAAUGGACCUGGAAUUUGUCGUUAUAAUCCAGUAUUCCACAGUAUGGUAUAAAAUAAGGAGUUCAUGAAAUUAGGUCUUGUGGAACAAUGAUGAACAUCAAUUGUCAUACUUAAAUUUGACAAUAUUAUUUGAACCAUCUAUUCCUUUUCUGUUCCCACUAUCAGCCUUCAAAGUUUUUCAUUGAAGAAAAGAAGUGGGUUUUUUAAUGGUGCAAUUAAUAACUAAAAAUGCCCAGUGCAUUUAGAGAACGCACAUAAAUGCAUACAUCCUCGUGCCGAUUGAGCACAUUAAGAUAAGCAAACAAAAUUUGCAUUUAAUAAAAUUCUAGGAAAUGAUUAAAUUUAUAAUACGACUAGAAAUUAACAAUAAGAUUAUAUUACUGAACAAUUGUAUACAUCUGUAAAUAAGUGCGUUGGAAAAUAAUAAUUUUUUUCUAAUGAA